CAGGCAGGAGAAAAAAGCACCAAGACCCACAGUGCUGAAUGAAUCGCUAGCAUUCAGUUACUUUUGUUUUCUCAUACACUAUAUUUUGUAAGAAAUUGAUCACUAAUUGCAUCCACAAUGCAACCAGCAAUGAUGAUGUUCUCCAGCAAAUACUGGGCAAGAAGAGGAUUAUCCUUGGAUUCUGCUAUGUUUGAUGAGCACCAUUUAGGCAACCAAACACAAUACAAGAGUGUUUUUAGUAAAAUUGAGGAAGCUGGCAAAGUGAAAAACAAGGCAGCUGAUGGUGGGAAAAUGGCGGUGGUGUUCUCCCUGAAAAACGAAGUUGGUUGCUUGGUAAAAGCCCUCAGAAUCUUUCAGGAAAAGCAUGUGAAUCUUGUUCACAUCGAAUCGAGAAAGUCCAAGCGGAGAAACUCUGAGGUAGAAAUCUACGCCGACUGCGACUGCAGCAAGAAAGAGUUUAACGAGCUGAUCCUGGUUCUGAAACUCCACAGCAGCAGCAUCACUCUGAACCCUCCCGACAGCAUGUGGACAGAGCAGGAGGAGGAGGGGGGAUUGGAUGGUGUUCCUUGGUUCCCCAGAAAGAUUGCAGAGCUGGAUCAGUGCUCCCACAGAGUGCUGAUGUACGGCUCAGAACUGGACGCUGAUCAUCCUGGGUUUAAAGACAAUGUUUAUCGACAAAGGCGAAAAUAUUUUGUGGAUGUUGCCAUGAAUUACAAAUAUGGGCAGCCCAUCCCCCGAGUCGAGUACACGGAAGAGGAAGUGAAGACCUGGGGCACAGUGUUCAGAGAGUUGACGAAGCUUUAUCCCACUCACGCCUGUCGGGAAUAUCUCAAGAACCUUCCUUUGCUGAUGAAACACUGCGGGUACAGGGAAGACAAUGUGCCACAGCUUGAGGAUGUUUCUAAAUUCCUGAAAGAGAGAUCUGGUUUCGCAGUCCGGCCUGUGGCAGGAUACCUGUCACCCAGGGAUUUCUUAGCUGGGUUAGCCUACCGAGUGUUCAACUGUACUCAGUACAUACGCCACGGCACGGACCCACUCUACACCCCUGAACCGGACACAUGCCAUGAGCUGCUGGGACACAUGCCUCUCCUUGCCGAUCCAAAGUUUGCCCAGUUUUCACAGGAGAUUGGACUAGCCUCACUGGGAGCCUCCGAUGAGGAUGUUCAGAAACUAGCAACAUGCUAUUUCUUCACCAUAGAGUUUGGACUUUGCAAACAGGAAGGGCAGCUCCGGGCCUAUGGGGCAGGGCUGCUGUCUUCUAUUGGAGAGCUGAAGCAUGCGCUCUCUGAUAAGGCGAGUGUAAAGCAGUUCGACCCUAGAACCACUUGCAAUCAAGAGUGUCUCAUUACAACUUUCCAAGAUGUCUAUUUUGUUUCUGAAAGUUUCGAAGAAGCCAAAGACAAGAUGAGGGAAUUUGCGAAAACAAUCAAACGUCCAUUCUCAGUGUAUUUUAACCCUUACACUCAAAGUGUGGAAAUGUUGAAAGACACCAGAAGCAUUGAGAAUGUUGUCCAGGACUUGAGAAGUGACCUCAACACUGUGUGUGAUGCUUUAAGUAAAAUGAACAAAUACCUAGGAAUUUGAGUGCCAUAGGGCUGUGUGUCUGUCUAUUCAGAUGUAAACCUUGUUUAAGAAUAUCUUUCUGAUUCUUUCAAUGUACAAGCUGGCAUUCAA